AAGAGGGGGAGGGCGCUGCGUUCUCUGGUCUUGUUCAGCCAUGUUAGAUUUCGCCUGCUUUUCACCGACGAUGAGCGCGGAGCCAUGGCCUUGUCAUUGAGUGGAGACGAUGAGGAAUAUGAUUCAGAGUCGGAACAGCAGCGUGCAGCCAAUCGUCCGAAGCCCAAGAUGGCGACCCCGUCGGCUAUUAAACUGCCAUCGAGUCGUAGCUCGUCGGGAGCCCGACGGAGGAGAACGCGUUGCCGGAAGUGCGAAGCCUGCAUGCGGACAGAGUGCGGCGAGUGUCACUUCUGCAAGGACAUGAAGAAGUUUGGCGGUCCGGGCCGCAUGAAACAGUCCUGCAUUAUGCGACAGUGCAUAGCGCCUGUUCUGCCUCACACCGCGGUAUGCGUGGUGUGUAAGGAGGCCGGGAAGGAGGACACGCUGGAGGAAGAAGAGGACAAGUUCAACUUUAUGUUAAUGGAAUGUUCCAUCUGCAACGAAAUUGUCCAUCCCAAUUGCCUCAAGGUGAGCGAUGCUUCCGGUGUGGUGAAUGACGAGCUCCCCAACUGCUGGGAAUGCCCGAAGUGCAACCACGCUGGAAAGAGUGGAAAAGUAUUAAAGCAAAAAAGGGGUCCAGGGUUCAAGUACGCCUCCAACCUCCCCGGCUCUCUGCUGAGGGAGCAGAAGCCUGUGAAGGAGGAGGGGGACUUGUCUUCUUCAGUCAAGAGGAGACCCGACAGAGAGGAGACACCCAGGCAUCGGCCCGACGAGCCUCUCCACCGGCAGCCGCCCCUGCUGUCCCCCAGCGGCGUCCCCCGGCCUCGCCUUGAGGAUAAGCUGAGGAAGAAGAGGAAGCUGUUUGAUGAGGAAGAGGAAGACGAUUUUAGAGGAAGAAAGAAGGAAAGUUCAGACGAACCUAGUUUUUCAACACUCCUUCAGCAAAUCAAGAUGGAAGAGGAAGAUGCGUACGAGGACCACGACGAAGACGGAAGGGAGCUUCACUUCCGGAGCUUUGUGGAGAGAAAUGGGCGUUUGGGUGGCGCCGAGGACUUGGCAGACGAUAGAGACUAUAGGAACGACCUUUUAAAUACUUCCCUCAAGAUGCCGGUCGCGGAUAGCGACCAAUCGCACUGCAGCUCCCCGCAAGCCGGCCCGAGCAGCGAAGGCGGAAGCGAGACCCAGGAGAAAGGCCCCCGGCCCAAAGCUCGGCGCAAGCGGCGUUUGCCCAACAGGGAGCUGAGCAGAGAGCUGAGCAAAGCGCUGAACCAGGAAAUACAGAAGACUGAAGACUGCCUGGCCAACGAGAACCGCCAACCUCUAAAGGUGGAGCCCGAGUCGGAAAACGAGGAACCCAACAGGUUGUUCCGGAACAGCAACGACAUGGGCGAGCAGAGGCCCCACCUGAAGACCAAGGAGAUGAACGGCACCCCCUGGGAGCUGCGCCACUUCUACCCGAGUCAGAUCACUCCGCUGGGCUUCAACAGGAGCACCCCGACCACCCGGCCGGUGCCUCCGCGCUCGCCGCCCAAGUGCGUCCAAAUGGAGCGGCACGUCAUCCGGCCACCGCCGAUAAGCCCGCCCCCGGACAGGCUCCCCCUGAAAGACGGGAAAAUGCAUGUCCUCCAGCGGGAGGUCUGGAUGAAGAUCUUCAACCACCUCACACAUCAGGAGCUCUGCUGCUGCAUGAGGGUGUCCAAGACCUGGAACAGAUGGUGCUGCGAUAAAAGACUUUGGACCAAGAUCGAUCUGAACCGCUGCACUUCCAUCACGCCGCUCAUGCUGAGCGGGAUCAUCCGGCGACAGCCGCUCUCCUUGGACCUCAGCUGGACCAACAUUUCCAAGAAACAGUUAAGCUGGCUGAUUAACAGAUUGCCAGGUCUGCGAGUGUUGAAGUUAUCCGGAUGUUCGUGGGCGGCCGUGUCCGCGCUCUGCACGUCCAGCUGCCCGCUGCUACGAACGCUGGACGUCCAGUGGGUGGAGGGACUCAAGGACGCUCAGAUGAGGGAUCUUUUGUCACCUCCCACGGACAACAGGCCAGGCCAGCUGGACAACCGCUGCAAAUUGCGGAAUGUGGAGGAUCUGCGCCUGGCGGGCUUAGACAUCACCGACACGUCCCUGCGCCUCAUCAUUCGCCAGAUGCCGCUGCUGUCCCGGUUGGACCUGAGCUACUGCAACCACGUCAACGACCAGUCAGUCAACCUGUUGACGGCGGCGGGGACUACCACUCGAGACUCGCUCACAGAAAUCAACCUGUCGGUUUGCAACCGGGUCACGGAUCACUCCCUGAACUUUUUCAAGCGCUGCGGGAGCAUCUGCCAGAUCGACCUCCGCUUCUGCAAGCAGGUGACCAAAGCGGGCUGCGAGCGGUUCAUCGCCGAGAUGUCCGUGAGCGUCCCGUUCAGACUGAAGGAGGACAAACUGCUGCAAAAGACCAGCUAGUUCACAACGAUCAAAAGGAGCCGGGGGGAAAAAAAAAAAAAAAAAAAGAAGACAAUUUGCACUUAUUGGGCCGGGUUUUUCUUUUUCACGCCGGGGCCUGCCGUAGCUCCCAGAGCCGAUGUCAAAACUAAAAGGAAUCCGUGGAUCAGAACGGGGAAGAACAAGCAUGUGUUUGUGUUGAGAUUGUACUUCCAUAUAAAAAAAAAAAAAAAAAAAAAUGUGCUUGUACCUGACUGUUCUGUUGUUUUGAUUUCAUUCCUCAUAUUUGAAAGCAGUAUUUUUCUAUAAACGUGAAUUUACAGUAUGUCCACUUGGCUUUGAGAGCGAAUUCAUCUUCGGGGGGUGGGGGGGGGCAAUCCGGUGUGUCAGAUGAGCGUUGUGGCGGCGUUCCGCAGGUUCUCUACCUUAACAGGACCCAAAAAUCUGUUUGUGAUGGGGGGAGGGGGACAAUUAACCCAUUCAUGGGCAGGCUGGCAAUUUUUUUUGCCUUAUUGAGAUAAAAGUCUCCUAACAGGCCACAAUCAAGGAAAUAACCCUUUUUUUUUUUGUUUACGAUUUAGUUAUAUGAUAACUUUAACCAUUUAUAAUCUCGUCCCAAAAAACAGAAUCAAAUUAAAACACUUAAAUAUUUUGAUAUACUGAAGGAUGUAAUGCAUGAAAAUCGUGAUGUCCCAAAAAUGGGACGCUGCCCACGAAUGGAUUAAAAACCACACGUGUAUUGUACAUACCAAUAUAUAAAGAGUCCAUUGAAAUUAUGAUGAAAGUUCAUGCACACCCCAAAUUAUUUCACUAGCAAGUCCUAAAACCUCAUUUUAUCUUCAGUUAUUAUUUUUUUGUGUGUGUGUGUGUGUGUUGUAGAUGACGGGAUUCAUGGGCACGUAAGCAUUUAUUUAUUUUUUACGACAGUUUGUAUUUAUUCACGGGCUUAGCGGCGAGUCUUUGGCAUAGCUACCGGACAGUGCCGGGGUUCAAAUAAUAUUUACGGUUACUUUAUACUCCGUUGUUGAACUAAUUCAUCGCGGGUCCGGUUUCACGCUCGAGCCGGUAGCGCAAAGCCGCUGAACACAUUUAGCACUGAUAUCACCGACGCAACGGAAGCCACGCGCGCGGGUUCCCCCGCGCCGCUUCGAACCAUCGCUGACGUUGUCGUGUAUAUAAUUUACUUUGAAAUAACUCCACGCGGUCGGUGUUGUGUGUACAGUAUUUUGGGAUGUAUCGUGCUGUGAUUAACCUAUCGCCUCAGGUGAAUGUGACAAUGUUUAUAUUUAUAAAAUUUAAAAUCUCAGUGCUAAUACGCAUUAAAAUACUUCCAUUUGUACAAUAAAGUUGUCUAUUCUCUGCCA